GGCAUAGUGCUUAUUGCGUCUCCUCAGUGCCUGCAAUGUGAAACUGAUCAGAGGAAAAGGAACAAAACGAUUGGCUCAGCUCCUGUUAAUGUAAACUCAUAGCUGUGGUAUCCAUGUGAGAUUCCCGCUUGCAGCUUUCCUCUGUCAUUUGUGUGGGUUUCUGUGGCUCGAAAUGUUUCACCUGGAAGGCGGCUGGAACAUCUCUUUCGCUGGCUGCGGGUUUCUGGGGGUUUACCAUAUCGGGGUGGCGAGCACUAUUCAAGAACAUGCUCCCUACCUGACCCGGGACGCUAACAGGAUCUAUGGAGCAUCGGCCGGGGCGCUCACUGCCGCCGCUGUGGUUUGCGGAGUACCGCUGGACAGUUGUUGUGCUGAUGUCAUGAAAGUGGCUAAAGAAGCUAGAAAAAGAAAUUUGGGACCUCUGCACCCAUCCUUCAACUUAGUAAAAAUAUUGAAAAAUGGACUUUUCAGGAGUCUUCCGGAAAAUGCACACCAAUUAGCCACAGGCAGGCUCUGCAUAUCUCUUACACGGGUACCUGAUGGUGAGAAUGUGCUGGUCUCUGAGUUCAACUCCAAGGAAGAACUUAUUCAGGCUCUGAUCUGCAGUGCCUUUGUUCCAAUUUAUUGUGGACUUAUUCCGCCAUCUUUUCGAGGAGUGCGGUAUGUGGAUGGAGGGAUCAGCAACAAUUUACCUCUGUCUGAAUUGAAGAACACAAUUACAGUGUCGCCAUUCUCCGGAGAAAGUGAUAUCUGUCCUCGGGACAAUCCCAGCAACUUCCAUGAGCUGCGAGUCACCAAUACCAGCAUCCAGUUCAGCUUGGGAAACUUGUAUCGACUGACUCGAGCGCUUUUCCCUCCAGAACCCAAGGUGCUUGGUGAAAUGUGCCAUCAAGGUUAUGAAGAUGCACUUCGAUUUCUCAAAGGAAAUAAUCUGCUUAAAAUGCCGGUUCUUACAGGUGAUUUGACUUCUGUCACAUCAGUGAGGGAGAUCGACAGAUCUGUCAAACAGAAUCAGGAUGAUUGUUCCGGCAAAUCUCUGGAACAGGGGGAGGUAGCAAUGGUUACAAACCCAGCUUUAGCACCAAAAUCCAAAUCAAACAAUCAACAAUUGAGGAAAAACCACUGGUCAUCAGCCUUGGAUGAAAAAAUGGAAAAUUUACCACCAAGACUUUGUAACGCGUUGCAUGAAGCUUGUAAGGAGACAAGUGGUCUUUAUGCACAGCUUGGCAACCUCUUCUUGGUUAGAAUGGCGUCUUAUGCGAUGUUGCCUUACACACUACCAUUGCAGUCUGCCUAUUCUUUUGGUUGCAGGUUAGUGGAGUGGCUUCCUGAUGUCCCUCAAGAUGUCUGUUGGAUGCGUGAACAACUAAACCUUAUCAGUGGUGUGAUUUAUCACCGAGCAGCAAAGCAGUUUUGGUUGCGUCCACGUUCUAGAGUUCUACCUAAUAUACGUCUGAGAAAAUGCCUCAGCCUACCACCUAUCUCAAACCUGCACCAACCUUGUGUCACUUCACAAAUCUCAUCUCUGGAGCUUAACUCCCAGCACCUUGGAUUGAAGGAGCUGGGAAACUCAACAGUGCAUGAAUCGGAUACUUUCACAAAGAAAGGUCUUCUGACUUGAGACCAGCAAAUCCAUUUCUUCACUAAUUCUGAAUCCUGAAUGGUGUUAAGGGAUUUGGAAAGUCAGUCGAACAGGACAUCUUUUUUCAGCAUAGCUCUGAGAUUAGAGUAUUGUGCCAAUGUUGGCCCUUCCCCCAACUGGAGCGGGGGUGUGUGUGCCAAUGUAUCUUGUAUCAAAUUAAUAAUCUUAAAUCCACUUAAACUUCUAUCAUAUAGAACUGUUGUUGCACAAUCAAAUUGUUUUUCAGGAGCCUUAAUGUUAUGAAUUACAUAGGGCAUGACUUUAAUGUUUGCACUUUACUGUUAACCAGAUACAAAUGGCUUCCACAAUACUGGUGAUUAAUGCUGAGCCGUUUAUGGCUCAUCAGCUCAGAAUGACAUUUAUCAUUUACAAUCUGAUGGAUUUAGAAGUUAUUUUAUUUGCAUAUACAGCACAAUCACUGGAUUUUAAACUAUUGGGUAUUGAGUUUAAUCCAACUCACAUGCAUUAGUUUACCUCUCCUUUGUAUAUGUACUAUUCCUGCUGUGCACUCCAAAACAUGCAUUACUGAAGAAACAACAGAUUGUUUAGUCAACAAAUGCAGUGUUUCAAAUUCAUUGCUGUAAUUAAUCCCUGUUGUGCGUUGCCCUUAGGACUUGCGUACUUGAAUGAUGUUGAAUUCCGAUGACUAAAAUCUUACAACAAUGUACACUUUUUGGAAUAUCUAUUGAUGAGUUAUUGUUUUUGCAAUGCCAGAAACGUUAACCUUUUUAAAAAUGUUUGUAUUGCUGUUUAUUCUUGUGCUGAAAGGCUGCUUGUAACAAUUGAGUGAGUGUGUAUAAAUUUGCUUAUAAAUAGCAUAUUAAAUAUCUGCAACUAUCUACUGCCAGUAACAAGAUGAAACUUCCAAUGAAUGAACUUGCUACUUCAGUUCAGAAAACUGUGUGUACAAAGUACAACUUAAACCACAAUGUAUUUCAUUGUUCGUUCAUUUAGGCUGAUUGAAAACCUGGAAUUCUUUGGGUAAAUGGUGACCUUUCCUCUCUCUUUGUAAAAAUUUCUUUUAAAGACAACUUUCUGGUGCUAUUUUCACUGAUCUUUUUGAAGAGGCUAUGAGAAAGUCAAAGUGCCUUCUUAUUUAUCAAGUAAUUGAUACACAUACCUCGCUAUUCCAAAUCUCUCUCUUUUUGAACACUACAACUUUUUGUAUAAAUGUAAUUCUACUUACAUCACUUUUUGUUUCCACAGACAUAUUUUAAAUUAAAGCUGUAAUUAUACUUAACAGAAAUUUUGUGUUCACAUGUGGUCUGUAGAGCCAAGGGUAUUUCUAGAAAGAUAUAAUGUAUACUGUCCCUUUUAAAGCAAGAUGAGUGCUAAAUAUAGUUUCUCAUCUAAUUCUGCCUUUUACAGUAUUGAAACCUUAGAUAGUGCUAGGUCUGAUCUUUUGUGUGUUGCUCAGAGUAGAGAGUUAUUUUGCUUUAAGGAUUAAACAGAAAUAUUUCACCAGAAAAUGGUGGAAAAAAAACUAAGCAAGCCUGUCUGUACCUGAGGAGAGACUUAACAUUUCAGGCCUAUGAUCUAACACUGUAAAAGUGUCAUCUUAGCUAGUGGGUUUUUUUCUUGUUCCCACAGUCAGCUUAAAAUAUGUCCAUCUGCCCUCUCACCUCUCUACCCCUAAGCAUUUCUUAUCAACCUUCCGACAAGGUGGUAGUGAUGUUGUCUGCAGUACUGAUCUCUACAUAACCAGGCUUAAUAUUAAAUAUCUGGCACCUUCUCCACUUCCAGGCCAUGACUGUAUCAUUUGAAUGUAAAGCUGUGUUUUCUGAUCACUAGAAUCUAUGAUGGAUCUUGUCUCAACAGCCUCCGACUGCAGACUCUCAACCUCAAAUAGCUAACAUUCCCCCUCCACAUCCCAAGAUCCACAAACAGGACUGUGCUUGCAAUUCCUUGUUCCAGCCUGUUGCUGUCCCAUGGAACUGACUUUCUUAUCUCAACACCUUUUUUUAAUCCAAACUGUUCCCAAAUAAUCAAUCACUCUUCCAGCCCUUAGAAUCUUUUUUUCAAAGAGAAAGUUGAUGAAGUCAUGGACCUGAAAUGUUAAUCCUGUUUUUUUUAUUUCCACUCCACAGAUACUGCUAUCACGGAGUAUUUCUCGCAUGGUCUGUUUGUAGAUACAGAAAAUCUGUAUUUCGUUUAGCCAUUGAAAUGGUGUGUAUGGAUAUAAUUCGGCUUCCAUUUUAAAGACCUGCAUUCUAAUGUUUUUGUGAUGCCUUGAUGUUUGUAUAGAAAUCUUGCCAUCAAGGAAAGUGGAGAGUUCAAGUUUAUUUGAGUAAAGCAGUUGUAAACAGGUGCUAUAAGAUUAUGUCAUUGGAAAAUGACAAAUUUGCAGGAGCUGGCUUCUCAUAAA